AUGUUAUGGCUGUGGGAGCGACAACUAGUUGGGGAGGGAGUUUCAGGGUCGGUCGUACUAUAUCUGAAGAAGAGUAGGCCCUCAGAACUGUACGCUGUAAAAGAAUACUGUACUAAGGAGAAGUAUGAAUCUAAUGAAGAAUACAAGGAUCGAGUGUUGCAUGAAUAUAGAGUGUUGAAGAGAUUGGAUCAUGAAAACUUUAUCAAGGUGUUUAAGUACGAGAUAUCUUGGACCGGUGUAACCAUUAAGGUAUUUAUGGAGGCUGGUUUUGUAAAUGUGAAACAGAUAGCUGACAAGUUGCAAUUUGAAGAAGCCUUAUGCCUCUGGAGACAAUUGUGCGAAGGUGUAAGCUACUUGCACGGCCAGAACUAUAGUCAUCGAGAUUUGAAACCGGAGAAUUUGAUACUUUGUGCUCCACAAGGACGAUUAAAGAUAAUAGACAUGAUGACGGCUAGCGAAUGUAAUGAAGAUGCUAUUGGCCUUGUCGGAUCUGAACCUUAUUGUGCUCCAGAAAUGUUCUCAAAGUUGCGCUAUAACGGCAAGAAGGCGGAUGUAUGGUCUGUAGGAAUUAUCCUUUACUUCUUGAUCAAUAAUGAGCUUCCCUGGAAGUCUACCCAUCACUCUGACCCUCGAUUCGCUUUAUACAAGUCUGACUCGUCCUCAGGUGACAGUAAGAGUAAAGGAGCUGAGUCAAAAAUACUUGGUCGGUUUCCGACAGAGUCAAGAAACCUCAUUAGUCAUAUUUUGACUGUCAACCCUGAUAUCAGAGGUUCAAUGGAAAGUCUUUAUACGGAUAAGUGGUUCAAUUCGAUAACAUUUUGUGGGAGUAGUAUGUGUGGAGCGGACCAUAAUCUGUAUCUUAGUGCGGUCCCAGAGUAG